AGCCAGGGAGGGAGGCACCGUGGGCCCGGCUCGGGUCUCCAGGGAGGAGUUGGGGAACACCGGGCAAUUCUCACUGUUGGUUCCCGGUGGCGCAGGGAGCCCGUGUGUUAGCAAGUGUCUGUAUGCAAGGUUCUCCGGGCCGGACUCCGCGCUCUUCUCGCUGGCCGCCCUGGGAAUCGCCGGCUGCCGCCGCCCAGCCUGCACCCGCCGUCCCCCCAGUACUUGGUCACCUGUUGGAGGCACAGAGACAGCCAGGGGUGCUGCAUGAGGGGCCGCAGGGGCGACCGCAUGACCAUCAACAUCCAGGAGCACAUGGCCAUCAACGUGUGCCCUGGGCCCAUCCGGCCCAUCCGCCAGAUCUCUGACUACUUUCCCCGCCGGGGACCAGGACCCGAAGGGGGCGGCGGGGGCUUCCGGGAGGCCCCUGCGCGUCUGGGCCCCCUGGCCCUGGCCCCCCCUGCAUCCUUCCUUGGGGCCACCACGCCCGAGGAUGGAGCGGAGGUGGACAGCUAUGACUCGGAUGAUACCACGGCCCUGGGCAUGCUGGAGUUUGACCUUCUCUACGACCGGGCCUCCUGCACUCUGCACUGUAGCAUCCUCAGGGCCAAGGGCCUCAAGCCCAUGGAUUUCAAUGGCCUGGCCGACCCCUACGUCAAGUUGCACCUGCUGCCUGGAGCCUGCAAGGCCAAUAAGCUAAAAACUAAGACUCAGAGAAACACGCUGAAUCCCGUGUGGAAUGAGGACCUGACGUACAGUGGAAUCACAGAUGACGACAUCACCCACAAGGUGCUCAGGAUUUCUGUCUGUGAUGAGGACAAGCUGAGCCACAAUGAGUUCAUCGGGGAGAUCCGUGUACCCCUACGCCGCCUCAAGCCUUCACAGAAGAAGCAUUUUAACAUCUGCCUUGAGCGCCAGGUCCCGCUGGCUUCACCCUCUUCCAUGUCGGCAGCGCUGAGGGGCAUCUCCUGUUACCUGAAGGAGCUGGAGCAGGCAGAUCAGGGGCCUGGGCUGCUGGAAGAGCGUGGGCGCAUCCUGCUGAGCCUCAGCUACAGCUCUCGGCGCCGGGGGCUGCUGGUGGGCAUUGUGCGCUGUGCCCACCUGGCUGCCAUGGAUGUCAACGGCUACUCUGACCCCUACGUCAAGACGUACCUGAGGCCAGACGUGGAUAAGAAAUCCAAACAUAAAACGUGUGUGAAAAAGAAGACUCUAAAUCCGGAAUUUAAUGAGGAGUUUUUCUACGAGAUGGAGCUCUCCGCUCUGGCCACCAAGACUCUGGAAGUCACGGUCUGGGACUAUGACAUUGGCAAAUCCAACGACUUCAUCGGUGAGGGAGGAGCCCGCUGGGUGGUGCUGAUGGAGGGCAGACUGGCAGUGCGAUUGGCUCUGAUUCUGCCUGCCUCUACCUGCUCCCCAGGUGGCGUGUCCCUGGGGCCAGGCGCCCGGGGAGAGGCCCGGAAGCACUGGAGUGACUGUCUACGGCAGCCGGAUACAGCCCUGGAGCGCUGGCACACCCUGACCAGUGAGCUGCCCCCAGCGGCCGGGGCUCUGCCCUCCGCCUGAGCGGGACAGUGGCUGCCCAGCACAGGCCCCUUGGGCCGGGGCCAGUACCCAACCUUCGCACGAGUGUGUUGCACGUUUACAUGGGGUGGGUGUCCCACCCUGCACUACCUGUCUUACUUUGUGAGAGUCUCCGUGACCGUGGGUCUGUCUUCUUGUGAGGGACUGUGGAGAUCUGUAUUCACAUAUGCAAACUUCCUCCUGCCUGACUCGCUACAACACGCAAAUAUGCAAACCCCCAUCCUGUGCACACCUGCAGGAGGAGUCCUGUCAGUGCCCCUGCCCCAAGGCCCCAGCUGCUGUUCCUCUCUCCUGCCUCUCCAGGCUGCCC